AUGCCAAUUCUACGCCAACGAGGCUCCGAACCGAACCACAACCCAUCGUAUCAGGAACCGGUCCCACACAACGAACGACUGUCGAUCUCGAACAUUGGGACAUGGACGGAGGUUUUCAACAAGUCGAACUCUGAGCUGGAGAAUGUUUUAGGAAACCAUAGGGGUCAUGAGAAGAUACAGCUUGCUGCUACAGAAAAGGCUGCUUCUAAGAUGUUCUCUAUUGGAGAGGGUACCACGGAGGCUGCUGAAGAGAUCUCUCGAGCCAGGAAUGCUGAGAGAGGUGCCGCUGAGAAGUAUGCUGCUGGCAAGAAAAAAGAGUUCGAGCAGUUCAAGGCCAGCGUCAUUACCAUCAUGGUCCGAGCAACGCGCCCACUCAUACUAGGAAGCUUUGCACAAACCGAGCAUACUGAGUUGAAGAUCGUGAGCGAUACUCAUUUCCAAGCGCGGCCCAAAUCGCGCAACCCACUGCUUACUCACAACACGUGGGAGGCUUUCCAGUGCGAUCAAGUUUUUGAUGUCACAGCAUCCAAUCUGGAUGUCUUCCGGAGACUCGAACCUAUCGCUGACGAAUUUAAAGACCCCCAAGGACACACAUUUGUUUUUUAUGGAGAUGGUUUCAGCGGCAGUGGCAAGUCUUUCACAAGCUAUACCCACGAAUCUUCUGUCUUGUUAGCCUUCGGCAAACUUCUCCUAGAGUCGCCGCAUCCUCGCCUGAGAGUUGUUUUCGAAGCUUUCCAAACUCCAGGAGUAGAGGUUGAGUCCCUCGACAUACCCCCGCAGACAAUUGCCAAUCUAGGCCUGACGAAAGCUGAAACUCCACCAGUUGACAUCACAUCGGCCAGCAGAAAUUUAUUUAGACAGAAGCGGCCAUGUUAUGUCGUACAGGAUUUUACAGGCUUCAAAUGGCUUGUCAAGAGAACUGCAGAGUUUCGGAGAGAAUUACCGACAGCUAACAACGCUACCUCUUCUCGCACAAAUCUGGCAGUUGUGUUAUAUGUUACGCUUAACGAGAAGACGUCUGUAUUCUGCUUGAUCGAUAUGGUCGGUAAUGAGCGAGCUGGUGCUCUAAAGGAGAGGGACAAGUCAAGUCUAGAUAGUACGGAGAUCGUAAAUUCUAGUCGCCUGACACUCCGUCCGAUACUUCAAGCGGUUGUUGGAGGCAAAGAAUGGGUGGCUACUUCGACCGCGAUCGGCAUGUGGAUAAAACUUCUUAUGAGCCGUCCUUCCGCUAUGCUUGUCAUGCUCUUUCAUGUCAGCACGGCCUCAUCUUUUGAUGGAGCAGUUCGACCGACGCUAGUGGAUAUGUGGAACUACAAGCACAUAAGGACAAAGCAUCCUAACCGUACCACUGCAAAGUCUACCUAG